GUAGACAGUCUCAUUGAGAGCUCGCGUCUUCAGUCCAAGACCGUCUCUCAUAUCCCGCAAUCCGAGUGGAAAGACUACUUCUCUUCUUCCCACGCUGCGUCCGUCAAGAAUGAGACUGCGAGACUGCUCCACUUUCAGUAUAACCUCGCGCCCUGGAUUGAAGCGGGAGAUCUAGGCUCCUUGUUUUGCACCGAGCUUAUGCUACUCGCACAGAAAAGACGGCCGAUCAUGUCCGCAAUAUCCUCGGCUGCUUCCAGCCAGCUGCAAAGAUCUGAUCCGACAUAUAGAGCCUCUACGAUACCUCGGCGAGACCCCGGCUCGUCUUUUGACCUUGAGGAGCCGCGAGUUAGACGGAUUGGACUUGCCUUGCUCGCCGUGGGAGAGCUAUUCACUCUGAGUCCAUCUCAAUGGAGAAGGCUCUCUUUUUUCCAGUCGGGUGAGCUAUCGAGAGAUGACAGCAGCUUUUCGGGGAUUGGGGAGCCGCUUGGAACCCUGUUGCUGUUUCAUUCCAGAGUUGCAUCAUUGUUGACUGAUCAGCCACCGCUGACAUCUCUGGAUCUCAUAAUGACUCGCGACCCAGCAGACCGUGCCUUGCCACCGUCAACCAAGUCCAUCUACAACGCUUGUCUAAUCCAGCUUGCGAGCUGUCUCCAGCUGCUCAAUGGCAACAGCAUCGCUUCCAGCUCCCCUCCUUUCUUCACGUCGGCGACGCAGGAGACAUUGUCCCCAGGGGCAGGCUCCUAUUUCUCGUCUAAAUGGUCCUCACUAUGGUCGAGUUGCCAGCAGUGGUACCAUGGCCGCCCCGUCGAAAUGCAGCCGAUUCUAGAGAUUCGCAGCGUUGAAGCCGGCCAAAUCGACGCCGACAACGAUUCCUCUUUUCCGAUCCCCGUUUACACGAGCUCGAUUGCUCUCCAAUGCAACAUUGUCUACCACAUAUCAUCACGCCUCCUUUUGCAGCGCAAACCUCGGCUCUUGCGCCUCUCUAGCCGACAGCGCCAUCUUUUGUCGUUAAGCUGGCACGCUCAACAAAUCGCCGGAGCCGCAACGCGCAACGAGUUUGCCGAGCAGUGGGAUCCCAUCCUCAUCGUCGGGCUGCUGUGGAUCGCCAGGGACAUGACGCAUCCAUCGCAGCAGGAGUCGCUCAUAUCGUGCUUCCGCCGGAUAUCAUCCACCAUGGGCAUAAAGCUGGACGAAGAAAUCCAGGCGCUGAGAGCGAGAUGGAGCAGUUCGCAGCACGCCAGGGGCUACCAGUUCUCUGGCUGA